CGGCACUCCCUUGACCCUACAAGUUCGCAAGUCCUUGUACAGAUCCCUGCUGUUCUCUCACUGGUUGAAACAAGGUUUAUUCUAGUUCUACACCAGACCUAAGUGGUAUUAUAGUAAUCCAGUUAACGUCGGGUACCUACACCAUUUGAUCAUCAUUUGUCUGCGUCUGGUCGAACGUUCUACCAUACCACGUGCAUGGGCGAAACCUUAUUUAACCAACACAUUCUAAAGGGCGGAGACGUAUGGUAUGCGGAGAGCUUGGAUGGCACGGCAUGGGAAGGAGAUUCUACAGUGAUCACCAACGACGUGCGGACUCUUUUCUCUGGGGCGGUUGCCCUGAUUCCAACGGUACACCAUCCUCACGUCCAGCACGAUCCUAUCCUCUUGUUUCGCAUAUAUCUCCGGCUCUUUGUUCGUUGA